CUCAUUUUAGGCAGUGACAAAAGAGUCCAAAACCAAGAAUCCCUCCCUAUAUAUAACCUUAAUGUUUCCAAUACUUCUCUUCAGCCUAGUCAGCUUUUUGAAAGUCUUUCAAAGCCCUAUUCGACCUCUGAAAACUUAAAUUCUUGGUCCAGAAUAUAUUUACAUAUUACACUUUGGUUUCAAGAAUGACUAUUUCAACUCCCUUCCCCAACACUUCAGUUCUCAUCGCCGGUGGAACUGGUUUUAUCGGCCAGUUUGUAGUUACGGCAAGUUUAGACUCCGGCCGGCAAACUUAUGUUCUCAUCCGGCCUACUCCAACAACUUCUCCUUCUAGGGAAAAACUUAUCAAGUCUUUUCAAGAGAAAGGAGCCAUAAUCUUGCAUGGAUCGAUUAAUGAAAAGGAAAACAUGAAGAAGUUACUGAAAGAGCAUAAGAUUGAUGUAGUAAUAUCAGCUAUAGGUGGUGAAUGUAUAUUAGACCAGCUUGCUCUAGUUGAGGCUAUCAACGCUGUUGGCACUGUUAAGAGGUAUUUGCCAUCAGAAUUUGGUCAUGACGUGGAUAGGGCUGAUCCAGUGGAGCCAGGUCUAACAAUGUACAUAGAAAAGAGAAAAGUUAGACGCUUGAUCGAGGAGUGCGGAAUACCAUACACGUACAUUUGUUGCAAUUCAAUUGCUUCUUGGCCUUACUAUACUAACCGACACCCUGCAGAUGCCAUCCCUCCAUUGGAUGAGUUUCAAAUCUACGGUGAUGGAAACACCAAAGCUUACUUUGUUGCUGGAAGUGACAUUGGAAAAUUUACAGUGAAAGCUGCUGAUGAUGUUCGAACCAUAAACAAGUUGGUUCAUUUCCGACCAUCUUGCAAUUUUUACAACAUGAAUGAACUUGCAGCUUUAUGGGAAAAGAAAAUUGGAAAAACACUUCCUAGAGCUACAAUCACUGAAAAUGAUCUGCUUGCUGUAGCUGCAGAAAAUCAAAUUCCAGAGAGUAUUGUUGCAUCAUUUACCCAUGAUAUUUUCAUCAGAGGUUGCCAAAUCAAUUUUUCAAUUGAUGGUCCUAAUGAUGUUGAAUUGUCCAGUCUGUAUCCUGACGAACCAUAUCGAACAUUGGAUGAAUGUUUUGGAGAAUUUCUUCUCAGAUUAGACGGCAAGAAGGAUGAAACUGUUGCUCCAAAUGCAAAUGAGAAGCCUGUGAACAAGAAAGCUAGAGAUGAAACUGCUAUGGUUGAACCACUCAUAGUAACAGCAACCUGUGCCUAGCUUGCUUGUUUGUGUUACUGGUUGGGAAAUAAUAUUUUAUUUCCAAGAAUUCAAUUGGAUUGUUAUGAUUUAUUUUUGGAAUGUGUAUUUCUUAGUAUGCGUCAGGGAAAAGAAAGUUUGUCUAUGGUGACCUUAAGAUUUAAAGUAAAUAAAUUGUAAUCGAUAGAAUUUUAGCUGAUCAAAUGUGGUUCAGUAAUCGAGCUCUUGAACCCGUAAGGAAUUUUAGAGUUUUGUGGUUAGAUUUAAAUGGGUGAGAGCAAAUGUUAAGAAAUAAGAGAGCUAUCCCACUGUAAGGGAAAUGUAAUUGCAAUCUGAGAUUACUAAAUAAUUCCGUUAAUAAAUAAGUUGCCUGUUGUUUUUCA